GCGCACGCGGGGGCUGAACGUAAACAUUCGCGUGCUCUCGCGCUCAGAGAGAGGAACGGAGCGAGCGAGGACAGUGAAAGCUCUCCAUUGCGCGGGCAUUUGACAGAGUUGUGUGCAGCUGAACGUGUUGAAGGUUAACGUCAGAUGGGCUCUGUGAGAAGAAGAAAUAUGAGAAGCAAGACUCGGUAAGAAAACGCCUUGUGGGUUGCGGGACAAGAGAGAAGUUUACAAAGGAGCGUCUUCUUCUGAUAAGCCUCCACAUUAAGGCAAGAGAGCGCGCGAUGAAGUUCGGUGAGGGAUUUGUGUAAACGUCACGAGAAGUUAAUGCGAAGAAGAACAAACAAGACUUUUUGGAAACGUUAUUAGCCUUUAAGACAAUGACAUUAAGAAGGGAAUGCAAUCGUAAAAACAACUUCCACGCAUAAUGUGGAUUUCUACGCUGAAGGUAUUUCGUUCUCCUUUUGCGUCUGAUAAAAGGAGGUUUUAACGGAUAUAUUUUGGACAUAUUUUUCCGUGCCGCCGGUGGACCAAAUCAAAAUACCACGCAUACUUUUCCAGCUUGAAUAAUUCAUGAAAUAGUGCGUGCCUUCGAGGCUUGGAAAAAAGUUACGGCGAUACGGGGAGGGGGAAUAAGAAGUAGAACUGUUCAGAGUGGUGAGGGGGAUGGCCACAGCGGCUUCCAAUCCUUACCUGGCCAGCAAUAGCAUUCUCUCGUCAGCCUCGAUCGUGCACUCGGAGUCCGGAGGUGGUGGCAUGCAGCCGGGAAGCGGUGCUGUAACAUCGGUGUCGGGAGGUUACAGAGGAGACCCCGUGGUCAAGAUGGUGCAGAGCGACUUCAUGCAAGGAGCCAUGACGGCCAGUAACGGGGGGCACAUGCUGAGCCAUGCCCAUCAGUGGGUUACCUCACUGCCACAUGCGGCCGCCGCAGCAGCCGCCGCCGCAGCCGCUGCAGCAGCAGAAGCCGGCUCCCCUUGGUCCUCCAGUCCAGUUGGCAUGGCCGGGAGCCCACAGCAACAAGACGUGAAGAACAGUUCAAACAGAGAAGACCUACACUCUAGCACCGCGCUGCACCACAGAGCCUCGCAUUUAGGGGCUCACCAGUCGCACCAAAGCGCAUGGGGUGGCACCACAGCCUCCCACAUCCCCACCAUCACCGGGGGACAGCAGCAGGCCCAGCAGUCUCUCAUUUAUUCCCAGCCGGGUGGCUUCACAGUCAACGGGAUGCUGAACCCUCCCGGGAGUUUAGUCCACCCGGGGCUGAUGCGAGGAGACUCGCCAGAAAUGGAUCACCAUCAUCACCACCACCAUCAUCAGCAGCAGCACCCUCACCACCACCACCACCAGCAGCAGCACCACGCGGGAGUCAACAGCCACGACUCGCACUCAGACGAGGACACGCCGACCUCCGACGACCUGGAGCAGUUUGCCAAACAGUUUAAGCAGCGUCGGAUCAAACUGGGUUUUACUCAAGCCGAUGUCGGGCUGGCUCUGGGAACCCUUUACGGAAACGUUUUCUCGCAGACCACCAUUUGCAGGUUCGAGGCUCUCCAGCUGAGCUUCAAAAACAUGUGCAAGCUCAAGCCGCUGCUGAACAAGUGGCUGGAGGAGGCCGACUCGACCACGGGCAGUCCCACCAGCAUCGACAAAAUAGCAGCUCAAGGCAGGAAACGAAAGAAGCGCACCUCCAUCGAGGUGAGCGUGAAGGGAGCCUUGGAGAGCCAUUUUUUGAAAUGCCCCAAACCGGCAGCGCAGGAGAUAUCCUCUCUGGCGGACAACCUCCAGCUGGAAAAGGAGGUGGUUCGGGUCUGGUUCUGCAACCGAAGGCAGAAGGAGAAGAGGAUGACGCCGCCCGGGAUCCCUCAGACGCCCGAGGACGUGUACAGCCAUCCCGGCAACGUGAGUGCAGACACACCGCCUCCGUCCAUGGACUGCAAACGGGAGUUUUGUGGUAGAUUACUUAAAAGGUGCAAGUUUGAAAGAUGAACCGGACAGCAACCACAACGUGACAUCUGCGAGCUCCUAUGGCCAGGAGAUUCUGGUGCACUGACACCGAAAUCAUAACCAGCCCAAAGCCAACAUAGACUUUAUGGAUUGAAAUGACAAAAGUACUCUCAAGGACAUGGAUCAAUGCAGACAAACAUUAAAUAUUAAACAGUGGAAGAAUUUUCCCCAGGACACGUAUCAGUUUUACGCACAGGAAUUAUAUGACUUAUUUUAACAAAACGGAAUUGCUUUGCAUUAUGUGCAAAACGGAAUUGCAUUAUGUACAACAAACUACACCUUUUCUAUUUCAUAGUAUUUUUUUGGACCACACUUCUGUGAAUAGCUUUUACACAGAGAAAACUCUUAAGAAAAAAAAAAAAAAAAAAAGAUUGAUUACUCUCAAGCUGCACUUAUUUUCCAGUUUCAGCCGACCCCUUGUAAACACUUUCUGUUGUUGUUUGGCUGAAUAAUCGUGGAUAUUGCCCUCUCUUCACUGCUUUUUCUAGGCAGAUUUUUUGGUGGGUUUUUGAUAACAUGUCUGUGUAAAUUUGGCUAUAUGAAUUCUCUGUGUUGACUCAAAUUAUUUGCUCUAUAUUUUUCACUAAAAUCAAUUUAAAAAUAUUUCCAAGAGCAAUGACAGAUUUGUUGCGCGCAGUGAUGACUUUCAACCUAGUAGCAUCUCUUGUAGGCCUUUCCCCCUGCCAUUUUAAAUAUUGAUUAUAUUUUAUACUGUUAGUAUUACACUUGUUAUUAUAUACAGAUAUUGUACACAAACACAUUGACGAAGUUGGAACAAACCGUUGUCAAACCGUGUCCCCCGUGGUUGUUAUUUAAGUUCAGUACUGACUCAGCGAGAAAUGAAUGAGAACAAUAAAUCUGAUAGCUUUCAGAUG